CACGAAUAAUUCGGUGUAAAACUUUAACCAUAUGAAAUAUUAUAACGUUUUUCGCUUGUUAAUUGACCGUAACAUUUUGGUUUGAUUUGUGUUUGUGUAGGCUAAGCAUUCGAAAAUCAACAAGUUCAACACCGCGCCACUACAACAAUGUUUUCCCAACUUCAUAACCGCUAUGAGGCUUUUUUGAAUGAAAAUAACUUUGUGACAGAUCUCCUAGCUACGAUGGAGGAGAAAACUGGGGUACAGAGAAAAUAUAUCGCUUCAGGUGUGGUCUCUCUGAUCAGUCUGUAUCUGUUGUUUGGCUAUGGAGCCUCUCUCCUCUGUAACCUGAUUGGUUUUGUCUACCCGGCGUACCUCUCAAUCAAGGCCAUAGAGAGUAAGAAGAAAGAUGAUGACACUCAGUGGUUGACCUACUGGGUGGUCUACGGAUUCUUCAGUGUUGCCGAGGCUUUCUCUGACAUCUUCCUCUCCUGGUUCCCCUUCUACUAUGCUGGCAAGUGUUUGUUCCUGCUGUGGUGUAUGGCUCCGGUGACGUGGAACGGUUCUGCUAUUCUCUACUCCCGUGUGGUCCGUCCCGUGUUCCUCAGACACCAGGCCACCCUGGACAGUGUCGUCAACAACCUGAGUGAUAAGGCCAAGAACAUGGCUGAUACUGUCACUAAAGAAGCUGUCAACCUGGCUCUCAACCAUGACAAGAACCAGUGACUGACCGAUGUAUGACCACAAGCCUCAAAGACGUCUCGACUCCGAUAAACACACAGAACAAAACAGUGUGUGAUGUCCCGUGAUGAAGGGUAAUGGACCCUGUCAUGUGAUCAGUGGCUGGUGACCACCCUGCUGCACACAGAAUAAGCACUUGUUUAUUUUGUCACUCUAAGGCAUUUUCUGCUUUCUAGUCUGUCUUUUUAACAGUCGCAUGUGUCAAUGUUAUAUGAUAAAAUUCCGAUAAUCCAGGCAUUGUAGCAUCUGAUAAUCUGCGCAGCGUGACUGUUUUUAAAGACCGGUUGGAAUGCAACCAGAAGCUUAGAGUAGCCACUACACAAUCUAACUGACCUCUAAACAAUGUGAAUGUCUCAAUGUUAUCUGUAGCCUACUAUCAGGAAAUCCAUGUCUGUGAAUCAGCCACGUUGACUUCACAAAUCCACACUUAGCCUACUCCCCUUUGAACUACCCCAGCACUAACACACCAGAUUCAAUAAAUCAGACUUUGUGAUAAGUUAUAAUUUCACUGUCCCAAUACAUUUGGAGCUCACGGUAUGUAAAUAUGCUCUGAAAUGAGCGGACUCUCCACUGAGACACGUUGACUUACUCAAUCACAAAUCCACCCUUAGCCCCUUCCUUAUUCGACCUACCUCUGUACUAAUUCACCAGAUUCAAUGAAUCAAAGAUUUAGGUGGGUUAGAGAUGGGCUAGAGCAAACAUUUCCCCAUAUGAAUGGAUUGGGAAACACGGUACCAGGGGCUAAUGGAAGUGUCUAGGGAGUAGAGGCUAGGGGUAUGUUUGGUAUAGGGCCAUAUCUCUGAGCCAGGUCAUCAUUUCCUACAAGGUAGCCAUGUUGUUAUUUCAGUCUCUUGUAUUUAGUGCAUACAGUAGCAUGUCCCAAUAAUGUCUGCAGAUCUGUGCCAAAGAUUUUAACUCCAUCACCUGUCCUGAAAAAAUGAUUAUGUAUGUAAACUGAACUGGAAAGUCUUUGUUUAGUAUGGUCUCUCUAUUCUCAUCUUAUCUUGAAUAAAUCAAACUGGAACUUGA